AUGGAUCUGGCCCGGCCAAGUGCCCUUGAAGUUCCGUUCGAUCAAUCGAUCGUGGAACCGCGCGUCACGACAACUCUGCUCACUCCGUGUGGAAGUUUGCGUUCCGUGAAUGCGCAACUGAAAACCGUGACGGCACAACUGGAUGAGAGCAAAGCCAAGGAAAAACUGUUGGAAGAGCUCAAGGUCAGUGGCGAUUUUAUCGAAUGUGCUCCGCCCCGAAAAUCGCGAACAAACAUUUCAGAUUUGUAUUAG